UUGACCCAUUGACCAGCAUAGGUUAAUAAUGGUCAGAUACUGUACCAGUGCAUAUGCUAGACCAGAAAAUGUGAACAGACAUGAAACUACGAAAACUUCAAGGGACAAGAUAAGUACAUUUUAUAAAUCAAGGUUAGUUAAGGCAAUUAGGGUUCUUAAACAAUAUGUAAUUUUGUUCACUGGUAUGUUUUUGUAAACUUCCCGAAAUCUUUUCAACUGGAGCUUAGCAUUGUUCUGUUAGAGAGGACUCAAAGUACAGGGGUAUUAAACCACAUACUCUACAUGUACGUGAGCGUGAAUGAUUUUGACUGGAACUGCUCCAACUGAACCCAUAUUCUGUCUCGUUACGAUUCCACUGGCUGGUUUCUGCCUGCAGGCAUCAUUGCAGUGCAUUAUUCCCUGCAUAAUGGGGGGUAUAUUGAUUGACCUAGACACCUGUGUGAUUGAGUCAGGGGUGUGCUCAAGGGAGAUUGCUCUGUUACCAGCCCAUGAUAACCCAUCACAUAGAGGUUGGUUCUGUACUUUUUCACCAUGCUCAUAAAUGGCACUGUAAUGUUUUCUCUGGGAGUGUGAUUGUCAGCCUGCAGAUAAUUACAGUGGAUGUGUUUACAUUGAUUGAAGCCUUCUAAUGGUGAUGAAUUGACUCUUGACAAUGGUUCAGCGUGAUGAAGAUGAUAAAAGUGACGAUGCUUGUACACAGAUUCUUGGCAUCAUCUUAAUCUGCAUCAGUGCUAUAGCCAUGCAAGCUACUCUUCUUCUGACUACGCCCGUUGUCGGGGGACUGGCGGCUAUGGGAAUCUUCCUCUUCAUUGUGGCCCUACUGGGCAUGAUCGGUGUCGUCAUGGCCAACCAAGCACUCAUAUUUCUUUAUCUAGUCUUCAUGUCUUUCAUAGGCUUCAUCCAGUUCUGCGUAGCCAUAGCCUGUCUGUCAGCCUUUAAUAAAGCCCGCAGGACUGAGGUCUUACUGAGUGGCUGGGAGGAGGCUAGUAAUGAUACCCGGCAACAGGUGCAGAGCACCUUUGGAUGCUGUGGCUUAGAUUCAAAGCAUGUGAUUUACAGCAGGUGUGAAGAGCUGAAGCUACCUUGCUGUAUACUAACCACCCACAACUGUACCGGUUGCCCCCUUUGCAUGUCUAUUCUUGACAACCGAUUGCAGCACGCCUUCCAAUUUACCGGAGGGAUGGGGCUAUUGUUUACAUUUUUACAGCUUGGAGGCAUCUUGCUAGCAUGGUGGUAUCGUCGACAGCCAGUUCUCGGAUUUGGACACGAUAUAUUAAAUUGAAUGACCCUUCUUCUCUUCAGCUGAGAAGGCCAAGGGAAUAUGAAUAUCGCUGGCAACAUGCCCUGCCAGGAGGUUUUGAAAAGAUGGAAGAGGCGAUGUGUGGUUUGGAAAGCAGUUCUCAGCUUCAUGAAGCCAGAAUGAAGGAUGUGAUGAAGGAAUUGGUGGAUGUGCAUUUUACAAGGGAAUAAUUUACUACCAAUAAUUAGUUUGGUUGGUGAAAUUUUACCAGUCAUACCUUUUGGACAAAAGGUUUGGCAUUUCGUUUGUUUCUGUGAUCGAACUUUGCGCUCUGAGGAACUUCCAAUAUAUACUGUCCAGUGUUUUCUGAGAGCCUUCACAAAAACAGAUCCCUCUCUGUUGAGAUUGAUGCAUCAUUUAUGUAAUGUAAAUAACACUAUAAUCAACAGGUCAAAAUCGAUCUAUGAAUGGUCCUUACAUGAUCAUAACCUGCAAUGUAAUCACCAUCAACUGUGGAAAAUAAAUAUCGGCUGUGGAAAAAACAUUAGGGACAGUUGUAAAGUUGGAGCUUAUCUAAGGCCAGUUGAACAAAACUGUUAAAAUCUGUUUCAGUGUAGGUGCAUGUAGUUUAAUGUAAGCAUAGUGGACUAUCAUUUCCUGUGCCAAGUUUACUUGCAGAUUUGUUCAGAUCUUAUUUGAUUUGUGUUGUGCCCAGCUUUGCAAUGUUUAAAGUGUUGAACAGGGUAGGGAAACCUGUCUUUAUGCAGUUUUGUUGAAUUUUAUAUAUUUGAUUGUAUUAUAUUGGUCGUAUAAAUUGUUUUAUUUUUCAGAAAUACUUUAUUUAUAGUGUUUUUGUAUCCCCUUUGUGCAAUGUAAAGAAGUUCACAUCCAAGUAUAAAGAAUUCAAAGCUAUUUUUAGUUUGUUUUUACAGUGUUUUCAUCCCAGGAUUUUCCCGGGGAAAAAUUAACACUCUGAGCGCUAAAUUGCACGGUUAGUUUCUGCCUGUUGGAGUUGAAAAGGGCAUACAGCUCUGCAUUGUGGGAGAACUAAACAUUUUUCAGGUUGUCAGCUGCAAGAGGGCGCUAGACAAGAUUAGCAGUGUAACCUAGGUAGCUUCAUCAUUAUAUGUAUGUAUAUAUUAUAUACUGAGAGAUCAUAGAGAUGCACUGCGAAGAGUCGAUCAACCAAUCAUAUAUCUGGCUCUUUAACAGAGCUGGGAGCUGUGCCUGAUGUUUAAACUACCCGUUGCUCGGUAAAUUCUCUCUGCCUGAGAUAAAAGCUGCCAACUUUCAAGGUUUUUAUCCAAGACUUCUCAGAGCAUGCCACAUCCUUGGUUCUAGCAAAUUCUGUUACAUGUUGGCUUGCUAUCUCUCUUGCUUUCAAUUUGGCCUAGAACACCAUUAAACCAAAUGUUGACGUGGCAAGAGAUCUUCUGUGGAAGGCUUGACUUGUUAUCAGGUCAGAUUUAAGAAAGUCAUCAGUAAUAGCAACAAUUAAUAUUGCAAAAAUAUGUAAAGUUGUGUUCACGGUUGUUAGAGUGUAGUUAUCCCCAGCAUGUUUUAAAUUGCAUUGUUACUGCCAAAGAUAAUUUGAAAGGAACAUUUGCAUCUUCUUUAGAAUUUGUAUAUACCACUCAUUUCAAUGCAGAUUUUUAUGAAAGUGUUUAUAUUAACAUAAGGAUAGGCAAAGGCAUAAUUGUUUUAACUUGGAGUUUUUUGUAAUAUUUAAUUGCCAAAUGCGCUUAAAUGCAGUUGAUUGGAGUUCAGAGUGGCGAAUUCUUCAAAGAAAACUUGCCAGUAUACAGUUUCAAUCCAGAUAGACAUGCAGCCAUGUUUGUACCAAAAAUACUAGAUCUUGUAUAUAUUCAAGAAUUUCUUAAUGACAGACCCAGAAAUAAAAUAUGAGGCAAAGAAAGUGAUUUCCUGCUUAACAUUGAUGUUAGUUUUAUAAACCUAGUACAUUGACAACUCUGUACAAAGAAGAAAAAAGAUUUAAGAUACAUGUACUGCCAAAAUUGAACAGUUGAUCCCUUGAAAAAGAAAGAAAUUUACAUGAAACUCUUUUGUUAUCUCAUUUUAGACAACAAAAAAGGUGUUAGAAAUGUUAAUGUUUCCUGAUUAUAAUCUAUGUCACUGUUGAAUAAUGUUUUGUUGGUUUUAGUACUUUUCAUGUUAGUAUGUUUCUGUCAGUAGACAUAGUUACAGACACUAUUGUGUGCAAUUGUCAUUUGUUUACAACUCUAUGUAAAAUAAAGUUUCAUUUGUGCAUCAGGGCUUUCAAUAAAAGAAUGUUGAAGU